CGACUCCCACAGCACAUCUCCUAGGCGAAGACUUAUACAACCACCUAAUCAACUAUCUCAGGGGACAUCUAGCUGGUGUCCUUGAACGAUCGAAAGCUCACAGCGAUGAAGCCCUUCUACACUACUAUAUCAGCGAAUGGAACCGCUACACAACCGCGGCGACUUACAACAACCAUCUCUUCCGAUACCUCAACCGACAUUGGGUGAAGCGGGAGAUGGACGAGGGCAAGAAGAACGUCUAUGAUAUCUACACCCUCCAUCUGGUGCGCUGGAAAGAAGACAUGUUCAACCACACCCACAAAGAGGUUAUGAAAGCUGUCCUGCGGCUUGUGGAAAAGCAGCGCAAUGGUGAGACCAUCGAGCAGUCUCAGAUUAAGCAAAUCGUCAACUCCUUCGUCUCCCUCGGCCUGGACGAGUCCGACAGUACGAAAUCUACUUUGGACGUCUACCGAGAGUACUUCGAGAAGCCAUUCCUCGCUGCGACUAAAGCCUAUUAUGAGCAAGAGUCGAAGGUGUUUUUGGCCGAGAAUAGCGUGGUGGAGUAUAUGAAGAAAGCCGAGCUCCGACUGGAUGAGGAGAAGGAUCGCGUUUCACUGUAUUUGCUCAAUGAGAUCACCCAACCGCUCAUGAGGACGUGCGAAGAAGCGCUUAUCGCCGAUCAUUCCUUGCUUCUUCGAGACGAAUUCCAAAGCCUUCUGGACAACGAUCGCCAGGAAGACCUAGGCAGGAUGUACAAACUCCUAGCUAGAAUACCGGAUGGACUUGACCCUCUUCGCACCCGAUUCGAGACCCACGUUCGCAAAUCGGGUCUUGCUGCCAUCGAAAAGACCACCGAUAAAGAAAUCAUGGAACCCAAAGUCUAUGUGGAGACUCUCCUCGAUGUCCACACGCAGUAUCAGUCUCUCGUCAACAUGGCUUUCAACGGCGAAGCGGAGUUUGUUCGGUCUUUGGAUAACGCCUGCCGAGAGUUCGUCAAUCGGAAUAAGGUCUGCAAGUCUGGCACGACCAAGUCUCCCGAACUUCUGGCGAAGUACUGUGACACGCUACUAAAGAGAUCAGGGGCGAAGAAUUCCGAAGAAGACGAUGUGGAGAAGCAGCUAACGCAUAUCAUGACGGUCUUCAAGUACAUCGAAGACAAAGACGUGUUCCAGAAGUUUUACACGCGAGGUCUCGCACGACGUCUGGUCCACCAACUUUCUGCUUCCGACGAUGCAGAGACGAGCAUGAUAAGCAAGAUGAAGGAGGCUUGCGGCUUCGAAUACACCAACAAGCUGCAGCGAAUGUUCCAGGACAUGCAACUGUCCAAGGACCUCAACUCCAACUACAAGGAAUGGCUGAACACCUAUCUCGACGAACCUGAGAACAAAGCUGUGGUGGACACCUACUUCCAGAUCCUAGGCACCAGCUUCUGGCCUCUCACCGCUCCCAAUACGAAGUUCUCCCCACCCGAAAUCAUCUCGAAGACGUACGACCGAUUCCAGAAAUUCUACCUCACGAAGCACCAGGGUCGGAAACUCACCUGGCUGUGGCAGCUGUCCAAGGGCGAAGUGCGCGUGAACUACAUCAAGCCCGGCAAGGUCCCCCUGACCCUGCAAGUCUCCGCAUAUCAGACCGCCAUCCUCCUCCUCUUCAACGACGCUGACACCCUCACGUACGAGGACAUUGAGCAGGGCACGCUCCUCUUCAAGGAGCAACUGGAGCCCAGUGUCGCGUUGAUGGUCAAAGCGAAGAUUCUAAACAUCCAACCGGAGGGUGCCAAGCCCGAGAAAGGGACCACGUUCUCUCUCAACUACGGCUUCCGGACCAAGAAGAUGAAGAUCAACCUCAACCUGGCGGUCAAAUCGGAGGCGAAGCAGGAAGUGGAGGACACGCACAAGACGAUCGAAGAAGACCGGAAGCUUCUACUCCAGUCCGCCAUCGUCCGCAUCAUGAAGUCGCGAAAGCGAAUGAAGCACCAACUCCUCAUCACCGAAACCAUCGAACAGAUCAAGAACCGCUUCAUGCCCCACGUCGCCGACAUCAAGAAGUGCAUCGACAUCCUCCUCGAGAAAGAAUACCUCGAGCGCAUCGACUCCGAGGAUCUUGGCUACCUAGCCUAACCCCCCCUCCUCCACGCCAAUACGAAGCGCACAAAGUCUCCGG